AUGAAAUCUGUUAUCUCUUAAGUAAAAUAACUGAUUCCACUGGCGAUUCUGGGAUUUGCUAGUCUUAUCGAGAGCAAUGAGAAUACGGUAGUGAAUUAGACAUAGCCAAGCAGCUUUAUUGAAUAUGAUAUAUCAGUAAAACAGAGUGAUUACUUAAAUUUCAAAAGAGAUAUUAGCAAUCCAAGAGAAUCAUUUUCAGGGCUAUCACUAUUUUUGAAAGGUAAUAAUCUCAAAAUAAAUAUAAAUCUAGAUAACUUGAAGCCAAGCUCUUUCUUAAGUGAGAGUGAUGAGCAUGAUAUUAUAGAGAUUGACCUACUAGACUACUUUGAUGUGCAGAUAUUUUCAACUAUCUAUGUUGGUAGCUAGAGAUAACCGUUCAAUCUGAUAUUUGAUACCGGAUCUGCUGUAAUUCAACCACAUAUCUUAAUCAAUUAAUAGUGGAUCUGGGUGAAUUCAUAAGGAUGCUACUAAUGUCCAACACUGAAUAGAUUCUUAUAUUAGAACUCAAAAACUUAUAAAAAUUUCAAAGAUAAUAUUGUAGAAGUUACUUAUGGAACUGGCAGUAUGAAGGGUUACAAAGGGUCUGACACUAUUUGCCUGACUAAGGAUAAAUGUGCAGAGAAUGUUUCAUUCUUGAGAGCAUAGCAAACAACUGGUUUGAUGGGGCUUAAGGCAGAUGGAAUACUUGGUUUGUCUCCUACUAAUCAAGGAUCCGAUGCUGAAAUGCUACUAGAUGAGUUAUUUGAUCAGGGAAUGAUUCAUAACAGGUUAUUCUCACUUUUCUUGGUUUCUGGCAACGGAGAAUCUAAAAUCACUAUUGGAAACUAUGAUUUAUAGAAAUUUGCUAGAAGUGAGAUCAGUUGGCAUCCACUUUCAUCUCUCAAUUAUUGGACUUUAACUUUGAAAAGUGCUUACUUCGGAGAUGAAAAGCUUAAACCAACAGUUAAAAACAUUAUUGUUGAUUCAGGUACUUCUUUCCUACUUGUGCCGACAGAAGAUUAUCUCGAGAUCAAGCAAAAAUUCUGGGAUAAAGAUUUUUCAUGCAAGAAUGAAUACAUGUACAACAAUCUAUUUACCUGCCAGUGCUCCGAUGAACAGUAUGAAACUGACUUCAAGGAUAUCAAAGUCUAAAUCGAAGGAGUCUAAUAUGUCAUCUCAAAAUAGAACUAUAUCAUUAAGAUCGGAAACAGCUGCAUCUUCAAGAUAAUGAGCUUAGAUUUUGGCUCGUAUGCUAGAUUCUGGAUUCUUGGCAUUACUUUCUUCCACAAUUACUAUACAGUCUUUGAUAUCGAUAACAAGAGAAUCGGCUUUGCUGAAUCAUCUGCCUCCUAAGUUUACAACUCUAUUAUUAAAGUAGAUGAUCUAAAUAAGGCUCUGGUUCAAUAGCCAGAAUCAGCUCUACUACUUAAGCAAGAGAUGUUUGAUUAAGCGCAACCAUCUGAGAAUUUCACAUUUAUUUUGAUAAUUCUGUUCUCUAUUUUGUUCCUCUACCUCUCCAUCAUGUUCAUCCUAUUCAUGAAAGGAAAAAUUGGAAAUAAUUUAAAUCAAGGAAACGAAGUUAAUAUGCAAUUACUAGCCUAGUAAAAUGCAGAACCGAAGUUAAACUCAUCAAACACGACAUCUUCAAAGUGGAAGCAAUAUUUCCAUGAAUCAUAUGCAAGAAUUUAAGGGAAAUCUUUGAUAUAGAUGUGA